CCCCGUUCCACAACUCAGCAGCCACCACAUCUUUUCAGGACGCUCUAUACUUUAACAACAAGCAGUAUCCCUUCGUUUCUGUAGUCGCUCCCCAAGCUCAGUCGGUCACACUUCAAAAUGCCUUCCAUCAACUCCACGCCCGUCCCAGUGGACUUUACUAAAUACUUCAGCAAGGAAACUACGGGGAGGAAAAGGUCGCAAUUGAAGGAGCUUCGACCGUAUUUCGAGAUCCCUGGUAUGAUCAGCUUUGGAGUUGGCAUUCCCCAUCCCUCGACAUGGCCAGUCAACGGCAUGACGCUUUCGGUGCCAUUCGCAGGCAAAUCAGUCUUUGUCCCGGGCUACAACAGCCGGUCACCUGAAGACAUGCUUCCUCUCGCGCUUUAUCAAGAGCCUUCGAAAAAUGAACCCCUUCGACCUGACCUUACCGAGGAGCUCCAAUACAGCGCAACUUACGGUACCAAGCACCUCCUCAGCUGGAUUAAGGAGCACAUCGAGCGAGUCCAUGCGCCUCCUUAUGAGGACUGGAUUAACCUCCUUACUGCGGGAAACACUGAUGGAGUCGAUGCGGUGAUGCGAGCUUGUUUCGACCGGGGCGAUUACAUGCUGGUUGAAGAAUUCGCAUACCCUGGAUUACUUAGCCCUGCAGCGACUUUGGGCAUCAAGUGCUUGGGUGUGCCGCUCGAUUCGGAAGGUAUUGAUCCAAGCGCUCUGGACGAGAUCCUUACAAACUGGGACGAAACAGAAAGAGGAGGCCCUAGGCCAAAGAUGCUUGUUAUGGUACCCACAUGCUCAAAUCCCGCUGGUGUGACGGUACCUGCUCACCGGAAACAAGAGAUCUACGCGAUUUGUCGAAAAUGGGAUCUGCUCAUCUGCGAGGACGAUCCAUACUGCUUCUUGCAAAUCAGACCGAAUGGCGCUGAUAGCCCUAUCGUUCCCAGCUUCUUGUCGCUUGAUACCGACGGUCGAGUCAUCCGGGUUGACAGCUUUUCUAAGAUCGUAGCGCCAGGUAGUCGGCUAGGCUUCGUUACGGGUCACAAGGUCCUUGUGGAAAAGAUUAUGAAUACGCGAGAAAGCUCAACUCAAUGCCCAUCUGGUUUCUCUAUCGCUGCUAUCGCUGCUAUCCUUCGAGCUUGGGGCGGUCACGAGGGUUUCGAGCGAAAAUACAUUCCUCACAUCUCAGACAUUUACUCCAAAAGGUGCCUGUCCAUUAUUGACCUCCUCAAAAAGCACGUUCCCUCCAAUACCAUCGAAAUCCCCAAGCCCGCCGGAGGCAUGUUCCUCUGGGUCCGUCUCAGGAUCGAGUCCCACCCAUCUUUUCCUUCUGAAGACCCCGAAACGAUCUCCAAACAAGUUUUCCAAGCGAUGAUCGAUGAGAAAGUCUUGAUGGCUCCCUCCGAGUUCUUUAAAGCGCCCUCGACGUCGGUUUGGACGCCGGAGCAAGAGGCAAAGAGGAUCUUUGUCAGGAUUAGCUUUUCCUUGCCUCCGCAGGAUGAGAUGGAGGAAGGUGCGAAAAGGAUGGGAAGGGCUUUGGCGAGGGAGUGGGGUCUGGAGCAAGCUUGAUAAUAAAUCAGUUUUCCUUAUAUUUCAUGGAUGGUUGUUCGCACUUAUUCUGUCGCCACGGAGCAUUUAUCCGGUCAUUCUAUCCGUGUAAUUAUACGUAGCUACUUGACAAGCAACUUGCAAUUCUAUUUUGGAGGCCCGGCAGGUGGUAAUAUUGGACUGCCCUAUCAUCUAAUGGACAUUACAAUGUGGAUGACCAUUCACGAUCCAUUUCGUCGCCCAUAGGACACAGUAUAUGCGAGUGGGAAUUUGAAAGCGGCUGAAGAGCAAUAGGCGAUCAACGACAUUGAUAGGAGGUAAAUCCUGCUUCAAUCGAUCGCCUUGCGCAAGCAGCACGUCAGCACCACUAUCAAAAUACCCCUCAAAGCUCCCACUUGUAUGUGGAGUCACGAUAACACUAGGGUGUGUGAAGAGCGGGUGCCCAGAGGGAAGAGGCUCCGGAUCGGUCACAUCGAGUACAGCGCCGAAAAGGCCUCCUUCUGCGUCCAAUGCAGCGAGGAUAUCCUCUAUUAGGUGAUACAAUGCCAUUAGCGUUGAUUUUCUUCGGGAUGAAUAAAUCUUUACCCGAACGUAUCAAAUCCCC